GGAACAGGGCUCAUGUGAUCUGUCACAUGGCUGCCGAUCUGCGGAAAGGUAGAAUGGAACUCCGAGUCUGCCUCCUAGGGGUCCUUGCCCUCGUUGUUGCCGUCAAAAGCAGUUACAGCCCGGAACCCGACCAGCAGCGGAGGCUACCCCCAGGAUGGGUGUCCCUGGGCCGUGCAGACCCUGAGGAAGAGCUGAGUCUGACCUUUGCCCUGAGACAGCAGAACUUGGAGACUCUCUCUGACCUGGUGCAGGCUGUGUCGGAUCCCGGUUCUCCUCACUACGGAAAAUACCUAACCCUAGAGGAUGUAGCUGAGUUGGUGCAGCCAUCACCACUGACCCUCCGCACGGUCCAAAAAUGGCUCUUGGCGGCUGGAGCCCGGAACUGUCACUCAGUGCAGACACAGGACUUUCUGACUUGCUGGCUCAGUGUCCGACAGGCAGAGCUGCUGCUCUCUGGGGCUGAGUUUCAUCGCUAUGUGGGGGGACCUGCAGAGACGCAUGUUGUAAGGUCCCCACAUCCCUACCAGCUCCCGAAGGCCUUGGCCCCCCAUGUGGACUUUGUGGGGGGCCUGCACCGCUUUCCUCCCACAUCAACCCUGAGGCAACGUCCUAAGCCACAGGUAGCAGAGGCUGUUGGCCUGCACAUGGGGGUGACUCCAUCUGUGAUCCGUGAGCGAUACAACUUGACAGCCCAAGAUGUGGGCUCUGGAACCACCAACAACAGCCAGGCCUGUGCCCAGUUCCUGGAGCAGUAUUUCCAUAACUCCGACCUGGCUGAGUUCAUGCGCCUCUUUGGAGGAAAAUUUGCACACCAGGCCUCAGUAGCCCAUGUGGUAGGGCAGCAGGGCCGGGGCCGGGCUGGGAUAGAGGCCAGUCUGGACGUGGAGUACCUGAUGAGUGCUGGCGCCAACAUCUCCACCUGGGUCUACAGCAACCCCGGCCGGCAUGAGUCACAAGAGCCCUUCCUGCAGUGGCUCCUGCUGCUCAGCAAUGAGUCCUCCCUGCCACACGUGCACACUGUGAGCUACGGUGACGAUGAGGACUCCCUCAGCGCAGCCUACAUCCAGCGAGUCAACUCCGAGUUCAUGAAGGCUGCUGCUCGGGGUCUUACCCUGCUCUUUGCCUCAGGUGACAGUGGGGCUGGGUGUUGGUCAGUUUCUGGAAGACACCAGUUCCGCCCCAGUUUCCCUGCCUCCAGUCCCUAUGUCACCACGGUGGGAGGCACAUCCUUCCAGAAUCCUUUCCGAGUCACAAAUGAGAUUGUUGACUAUAUCAGUGGCGGUGGCUUCAGCAAUGUGUUUCCACAGCCUUCAUACCAGGAAGAAGCUGUAACCCAAUACCUGAACUCCACUCCCCACUUGCCACCAUCCAGUUACUUCAAUGCCAAGGGUCGUGCCUACCCGGAUGUGGCUGCACUUUCAGAUGGCUACUGGGUGGUCAGCAACAACGUGCCCAUUCCAUGGGUGUCUGGUACCUCGGCCUCUACUCCAGUGUUUGGGGGACUCCUAUCCCUGAUAAAUGAACAUAGAAUCCUCAGUGGCCGCCCCCCUCUUGGCUUCCUCAACCCAAGACUCUACAAACAGCACGGGGCAGGCCUCUUUGAUGUAACCCAUGGCUGCCAUGCGUCCUGUUUGGACGAAGAAGUGCAGGGUGAGGGUUUCUGCUCUGGCCCUGGCUGGGAUCCUGUGACAGGCUGGGGAACACCCAACUUCCCAGCUCUGCUGAAGACACUGAUCAACCCUUGACCCUUUCCUGUCCCCCAUCUCAGUCUGGCUGGGUCACUUAUUCUGCACUGUUGGAAGCCCUGCUGAACCCCAAAUCCGACUGCUGCAGUUUAUCUCCCUAACCCUGAAAUGCUGUGAGCUUGAUUUCCCUCCCAGCCCUUUCCUGAACCAGCACACUCAGGUCUCCCUACUCCUGCCUCACUUCCCUCUACAGGUACUGUAACUAGUACCAUCAGGAAUCUCUCCCUGCCCUCCACCCCACUGCUUCUCUGUCUUUUCAACUAGGUCGUUAACACUAUCUAUGUAUAAUGUUUUACUUGCUUGUCUCCUAAUCUGUAACAAUGAUACCUCUGUUCUUACUUUUUUACCCUUCCCUGACACUGAGAAAAAAUGGUCUUACUGCUGUUUUACCCAGUGUUCAUUUCUCAAUCUUUGCUUUAUGAACUCUGUCAUAGCCCCCACUCCCUCUCCUUAGCUUCUAGGGUUUAAUUUCUCCUUUUCUGGCUAAUACCUCUUUCUCUUCUUUCUGUUUCUCAUUGAAUGUGGGUAUAUUUCAUUGCUCCACCCUUAGUUUUUUUCACUUUUCACUCUACCCUUGGAACAUUGUCCCCUGGACCAGACCAAUCACUGACAUCCACAGCCAUCACCAAAUGACCGCUUCCCAGAAUACUACUUCAAACCAAGCCAGGAACCUAAGUGUCAUUCUACACAACCAUUUCCUCCCCCUCCUCCCCCAAGCAAUCAACUUACCAGUCCUACUGGUUCCACCUCUUAAAUAUCUCUUUGUCAAUCCACAAGUACUGACAACUGUAUUUCCUAAGUAUAAUCUAAAGUUCAUCUGCUUCUCUGCAUCUCCACAGCUACCACAUUAGCAUAGAGCCAUAACCUCUCUCCUCUGAAAUGUAGGAGGCUCUUACAAUGUCCUUACUUCUGCCCUUUUCCAAACCAUCAUUUAAAAUCCCAUCAAGUCACUGACACGAUUAGGACUCUAAUAUUACUGGGGAAAAGUUUAGGCUUUUCCUCCUAAAAUUCUUUUCCUGGCUCACAAACCAGAUCCCUUGCCUUUUAUUUGUUCCUCAAUAACAAAUAAUUUCUCUCUCCCUGCUGACCACCUCCCCACACUUUUGUUGUUGUUGUUGUUCAAGAUAUUGUGUCCUUAACAUUCACCCCGAUUGCCCAGUGAUUUCUAGUGUUCAAGUAUGUAACUCUCAAGCCACCUUCUCUGUGAACUUUUUGGUUCCCUAAAGCUAGUUGAUUUUGGUACUGCAGAAAACUAGAUUUUUGAAACCAAACUCGUCUGACUCUUGGUUCUGAUAAAAACUAGGAGAGCUUUUGGGCCAAUUCAUCUGCCUGAGUCUUCUCAUCUGUUAAAUGGGCAUAUAAAUAACUGCCUCUCGUAAUAAUCAGGGAAUAACUAGUUGAAUAAAGUUAAUGAGAGUAGCUGGCACAUAGGAGUAGGCAGCAGACGUCACUUCCCUCCCUUGCACUGCACACUGUCUACCUCUAGCACUGUAACUCCCAUAGAGUAUUGAAAUGACCAGUUUACCUCCCUUUCCAAGACCAUCGGUGCCUCCAGGACUAGAACCUCACGCUACCUGACUUUGUAUUUCCAGACCCUAGCUCAAGAUUGGCAAAUGCGAAUUAAAUAAACGUUUGCUAUACUGACA